AUGUUCCAUUUAUUCUUCUUGCCCGUCCUUGUUUUCCUUUAUUCCCAGAACUCUGAUCUCUUCUGGAAGCUACGCAUUGGAGUACAGGCUGAUGUUGGUUCAAGCCUUAAACAGCUCACAGUGUUACUCAAUCAGCUGGCUCCUAUUAGAUCUGAGCUAGAAAAACAGGACUUGGACUUUACGAAAUCCCCCCCCUGUGAUUCUGUUGAGCCCCCCUCCAUUCUACGCCUCUCCCCUCCAUCCUGGUUGGCGGUACUUAGGGCUCGUGAAGACCAACGAGAUGCUGAAAUUGAAGAGAGUGCGAGGGAUGUGCAGCCAAACUCUUAUCUUAACCCGCUUCAGGUACUAUGGCGCCUCGAGCACGAAGGUCUUGGCCAGCAGUCUGAAGUGUCCCCAGCUGAUGCAACUUCGGUGGCUGUAGAUGACGAGGACAGCAUAAUAGUGGCGGAUGGCGGAGACUUUGUGGCUUCUGCUUCUUAUAUUAUUAGGCCAAGGCGGCCUCUUUCUUGGCUUGAUCCGGGCCCUUUCGGCACCCUUGGAGUCGGUGGUGGCUUUGCUUUGGGUGCCAAACUCUGCCGACCUAAUGUAAGAUUUACUUCGGUGAAGCAGGGCAGCCGGAGCUAUAGUUUUUUAUUACUGGGAUGA